AUGAUUGAGAUCUCAAACUCGGGAAUUGUUUUCACGCGCGUGACGCCUCUUAGUGCUCCUGGGUCUGGCUCCUGGGUCUGGCUCCUGGGUCUGGCUCCUGGGUCUGGCUCCUGGGUCUGGCCCCUCCUGGGUCUGGCUCCUGGGUCUGGCUCCUGGGUCUGGCCCCUGGGUCUGGCCCCUGGGUCUGGCUCCUGGGUCUGGCUCCUGGGUCUGGCCCCUGGCUGGCUCUUCUGCGGUCUGAGCGCUCCGUCUGACGUGUCCUCAUGUGUCCUCGUGUGUCUGUGUGUGUGUGUGUGUGUGUGUGUUCUCCCAGACGGACGACCGCUGUACGUCUUGAGGCUGGGACAGAUGGACACUAAGGGCCUGGUGAGGGCCCUGGGGGAGGAGUCUCUGCUCAGACACGUGCUGUCCAUCAACGAAGAGGGCCUCAGACGCUGUGAGGAGAACACCAAGGUGUUCGGCCGACCAAUCAGCUGCUGGACCUGCCUGGUGGACCUGGAGGGGCUGAACAUGAGGCACCUGUGGCGGCCGGGGGUGAAGGCGCUGCUGAGGAUCAUCGAGGUGGUGGAGGCCAACUACCCCGAGACCCUGGGCCGCCUGCUCAUCCUGAGGGCCCCCCGCGUGUUCCCCGUGCUCUGGACCCUGGUCAGCCCCUUCAUCGACGAGAACACCCGCAAGAAGUUCCUGAUCUACGCGGGCAACGACUACCAGGGCCCGGGCGGCCUGCUGGACUACAUCGACAAGGACAUCAUCCCCGACUUCCUGGGGGGGGAGUGCAUGUGUGAGGUCCCAGAGGGGGGUCUGGUCCCCAAGUCCAUGUACCGGACCACGGAGGACAUGGAGAACGAGGGGGUGCGACUCUGGACGGAGACCAUCUACCAGAGCGCCAGCAUCUUCAAGGGUGCGCCGCACGAGCUGCUGAUCCAGAUCAUCGACGCCUCCUCCGUCAUCACGUGGGACUUUGACGUGUGUAAGGGCGACGUGGUCUUCAACAUCUUCCACUCCAAGCGGGCCCCGCAGCCCGCCCGCAAGGAGCCCCCGGGGCCCCACGGGUCCCCCCCGCCCCCCGGGAACAACGUGCAGCUCAUCGACAAGUCCUGGACCCUGGGCCAGGACUACAGCCGGGUGGAGUCCGCCCUCACCUGCAAGGAGGGCGAGAGCGUACAGGGCUCCCACGUGACGCGCUGGCCGGGCUUCUACAUCCUGCAGUGGCGCUUCCAUAGCAUGCCGGCCUGCGCGGCCACCAGCCUGCCGCGCGUGGACGACGUGCUCGCCUCGCUGCAGGUCUCCUCCCACAAGUGCAAGGUCAUGUACUACACCGAGGUGCUGGGCUCCGAGGACUUCAGAACGGCUUGCUAUGACGUGCAGAGUUUGGGCUCCAUGACCAGCCUGGAGUCCAGUCACAGUGGCUUCUCCCAGCUGAGUGCCGCCACCACCUCCUCCAGCCAGUCCCAGUCCAGUUCCAUGAUUUCCAGGUAGAGGGGACUCCAACCUGGACUACAACUCCCAGCAUGCCCCUCUUCUGCUCCCCUCUCCGGGGCUCCACUCCUUCCUGCUUCGUCCUCUGUGAAGCCCGCCACCCCUAGGACGGGGAGGUCUCUGAGUGGAAGCGAAGCAUGCUUGCACAAACGAAAAGUCCAAAAAAAAAAAAAGACAAAAAAACGACAAAGAGAAAUGGCAAACCGAAAA